AGAGAGAGAGAGAGAUUUACAAAUUGAUAGGUGGUCUCGUUUUGUUUGGCCGCACAGCUCAGAUGCGUGAGAGGGUUUCCUUCUCUUUAAGGAUUCAGUCAUCGCGAUGGCCACCGGGAGACCAAGCAUGAGUCGCUGCCUCGGCGACACUUAGUGCUGCUCGUGCCGUGGAUUGAAGAAAAAAAAUAUCCCAGCUCGAGAGAUAGACUUAUCUAACUCACUUUCAGAUGCGUAAAAACUCUCUAGCUUUCAGCGCGCGACUGAUAUAAAAAUCAGUUUGGAAUCCUUAUAAUAUUAUCACUUUUUUUUUUUUUUUUUUUUUUUUUUUUUUUUUUUUAAACUAAAUUGUUAUUUUGACACGAGCGCAGGGAUGACUACCGAAACCGUGCAGCAGCAACUGGACCCUCCGCCUUCUCUGCGCUCGAGCCCCGUGCACUCCGGGCUCCAGAGCUCGCGCACGGUUCUGGAGAGCACCACUGGCGCAAACGCUUCCAAAAGCAAAAAGUCCAACUCAGGCAUGAGACGCCCCGAGAAGCCACCCUACUCCUACAUCGCCCUCAUAGUAAUGGCUAUCCAGAGCUCGCCGACCAAGCGCCUGACUCUAAGCGAGAUCUACCAGUUCCUGCAGGCCCGUUUCCCGUUUUUCCGCGGCUCGUAUCAAGGCUGGAAAAACUCUGUAAGGCACAACUUAUCUCUCAACGAGUGUUUCAUCAAGCUGCCCAAGGGCCUUGGGCGGCCUGGUAAGGGUCACUACUGGACCAUCGACCCCGGUAGCGAGUUCAUGUUCGAAGAAGGGUCGUUUCGUAGGCGCCCACGCGGUUUCCGUAGAAAGUGCCAAACUCUCAAGCCCAUGUACCGUAUGAUGAACGGGCUCGGCUUCGGCGCCUCCGUGCUGCCGCAGAACUUCGACUUCCAGCCGCCACCGGCGCCGCUCGCGUGCCACGCCGGCGGCUACAACCUCGACGCCAUGGCAAGCGGCGCUUAUGACGGACUCGGCGCCGCGGCUCAUCACGUACCGAGUGCGAGCUCUGCGUACAUGUCCCCUGCGUGCCAGGUCACCUCGAGCGGCGGCGACUACGCGCACGACAACAACGGCAACAGCACCGGAAGCGGCAGCAGUCCGCUUCAUUCACCGCCGACCAUGAGUGGACCUCUGGAGUGUCCUUCACCGUACACCACCGCCGCCACCGCGCACUGGCCUACAUCCGCCGUGUCGCCCUACAUCAAGCAGUCUCCUCUGGCUGCAGGCAGCCCGACAUCAUCCUCAUCCUCCGGUUUACACUCGGGUGUGGCACCAUACGCCCUCGAACAGAGCUACCUGCACCACGGAGCCAGAGACGCAGCAGAUAUCUCAGUGGGAAUCCCUCGGUAUCAGUCUCACUCUUCUCCAGUGUGCGACAGGAAAGACUUUGUGUUGAACUUUAAUGGCAUCGCAUCUUUUCACCCGAGUGCUGGAGGAUCUUACUACCAUCAUCACCACCACCAUCAUCAUCAUCAACUACACCACCAAGGAAUCUGUCAAGACAUCAAGCCGUGUGUAAUGUAGACCAAAAACAGGACAGAGACACACAGACACACCAGAGACGGAAAAAAGUGGAGCCUAAUAUGUAUGUAUAUGUAUGUAUAUGUAUAUGGGCUAUAGGUCCUGUUUCCAAAGUCCCGGAAAUAGUGUUGAAGAUGCAAAGAUUCUGAAUGGACUUAUGAAAUGUAAAUUAUGAAGAGUGGGAAGGAAACAAUAAUAGGCCCGUUUAGGAUUUACAUAAACCUAUACAGUGUUGACUUUACACACACACACACACACACACGCACACACACACACACACACACACACCAAAGAUACUGGCGGAAAUGCUGCUCACUCGUAAGAACUAAGGAACCCUGAUGAUUUCACUUUAUUUCUUUAUUUCAAGUUUUCCGAACUUCUCACUACAUGUGUCAUAUACUGUAGCACUAUAAAAAGAAGGAAGACAAAAAGAGAAGAAAAAAAAAAGAAAAAAAGAGGGAGCACAUUUUUCUGCUUUCUCAGUCUACUUAAAACAAUUUAUAGGUUUCUUGGAAACCCUAAGUGUCAUUUGAUAUAUAUUGAAUUCUUAUUGUUUGUUUGGGUUUUUUUUCUCCAGCUGGAAAUGCAUACGCCUGUAACAGAUAAUCAGCGACUGCACUUAUUUUAGUCCAACAGUGUGAUUACACAACCCGCAGGUGCUGUCGGGAAAUUUCCCUGCAUUGAUGUACAGUUCAAUAAAAACUAUAUAUUCUAAAAUAAAUAAAUAAAUAAAUAAAGAAUGAAAGAAAGAAAAAGAAAAAAAAGAAAGAAAGAAAACACGGUUUAAUGAUAUGAAUGGUCUUUAAAACGUUGUUUAAUUCGAGAUGAUCGGCGGGGUUUGAAAUCUUUAAACUUGUCUGGGACAAUAACUCCUCUUCCUCUGAAGAAGGAAACAAAGAAACACUGAUAGGCUUCAAAUCAACCACAUUUUCGCUGUUUGCAUGCCGAAUUUACGCAGAUUCUUAUGCUUUAUUUGCCAAAAACGUAUUUUUUUCAAAAACUUUAUUAUUAUUAUUAUUUUAAGUGCGUUCACGUCGCAUCCAGGUUGUAUCCAUUGAGCUUAGUGUUCCUGUGAUCGACCUAAAUGAACAGUAUAAUUUACUAAAUAGUUAUUUGCAAUUAGAAUUUUAUAAUUUAGGCGCUGUAAAAAAAAAAAAAAUAAAAUAAAUAAAAAAAACACACACACACA